UUGUUAGUGAGUAAUCAUUGCCUUCGCCUUCAUCGUCGACCUCGUCGUGCCCGGUUGUCAACUAUUAUUGGAUAAUACCCACGGUUGACGGAACUACAACAACUGGUUGAUUAGUUUACAGUUUGAAUCGUUACGAUUCGCCUGGAAAAUAUGAUGAUUGUGUUGUGAUGUGAUUCGAAAAGCUGGUGUGUUGCAUCCGUUAGAGGAUAUACAACUGUCCGAGAGAGGUGCGGCGUAAAUUGCGCCCCUCCCCACUAGUGGUGCGCGGAGAGGUGCCAGUGUUAAUGUUGAUUAAAUUAGAACCACAAGGAUCCAUCGAUACCAGUGUUAAUAAAUCAAAAGAAUCUCGCUCCGUUGUGUGGCCAUGCACCACUACAGCAGACUGCGCUGAUGUCCCGAACGCGACCUGUUCGAUCUACGGUUUCUGCCAGUGUCCAGCCGGGCAUGUUUUCUCCACCGACGUCCGGCGCUGCCUCUCCGAGAGCUUGUAUGGGGUGAGCUGCGAGGAAGCGGUCCAGUGCUCUCAUAUGCUUACCGGUGCCAAGUGCGAGAACCAAGUAUGCACCUGUGAUACCGGGUUUACCUACGUGCGGGGACGAUGCCGUCAGCUAGCGAAUCUCGACCAACCGUGCAAUGAGGAUGUUGACUGUUUCUUCAGCUAUAAUCGUGAAGCCGUGGUUUGCGACGAUGGUAAGUGCCAAUGUGCACCGGGUUUUUAUCUUCGAAGCACAAAUGUCUGCCGGCGUGAAGUAACUCUUGGCCAAAACUGCCUCGUAAACACGGACUGUGUCGGCGACAAUCUCGAGUGUAAUAAUGACGUCUGUGUCGAGAAAGCAGCACAAACAAAAACCUUUAGGGAUAUCGGAGUGCAGGCUAAGCCCACUUGCGACGAAAAGAAAGCGCAAGUGGAAUCGAGGGCGACCCGCGAUCAGCAGCAGCAGACCAGUGUUAAGAGCAGUAGCAGCAGCUGUGGAACUACUGCCGGUGUUGAGGAAUCGAACGACGUGCAGGAGAUAGUGCCGGAGAACCAACCAAAAAGUACCUCCAGCGGAGCGACAGCUAAGAGAGUAAGACUUCAAACAAGCGCCGAUGACACACUGAAAGAUGAUAGUUCUCACGAGUACGGUGAUACCUGCACUGUGGAAGAACAAGAAUGCAAUGGGCUGCCCUACUCUGUGUGUCGGAUGGGACAGUGUCUUUGUCGAGAUGGUUUCUACGAAGUCGGAAAAGUAUGCAAAGCUGAAUUAGGUGAAUUCGUGGAUAAAGAAGAAGACUGUGGCGGUGGAAAUUUCGUAAAUGGUAGAUGUGUUUGUGACAACCAUUGGUUUUACAAUUACCACAUGCGAUCAUGUUUAAAAGGUGUACUUGGAAUUAAUACCUCUUGUACGGCAAAUAGCCAGUGUUCUCCAUAUGGUGCUGCAUACUGCCCUGAUACCAGCCCGAGGCGAUGCAGCUGUUUUCCGUAUGCCGAGUACGAUAGCAACCAGCAGAUGUGCGUGGCUAAGAUCGGUUACGAGCAAUACUGCGAAGAUGACGAAGGCUGUACGAUGAGAAACACACGCUGCAGUGAGGUGAACACGUGCGUUUGCCGGCCGAACUUUUUCUACGUGAACGAGCUUUGCCAGGCGGCUCAAGGGGGAACGUGCGAAACCGUGGAGGACUGUGGAUUCGAAGAGGCAAGUUGCGAAAAGGAAGACGACGAGAAACCGAAAACAUGCGACUGCAUCAAGGGUUACACAUAUCAAGACAAUACGUGCCUAAAGCAAGCAGAAGCCUAUGGGGACGAGUGCACUGUAAAUGACCAGUGCCAACCAUUGUUGGGAGACCAGGCCAAGUGUAUAGACGAGAAAUGCCAGUGUGACGGAAGUGACACGCACUACAAAGGUGGAAAGUGCCAUUCGAAAGUUGCUUUGGACGAGCGAUGCCAACUGACCAACGAAUGCUUCGUUGAGGACGGUGCGGACAAUGUGGAAUGCCGCAAUUCGGCGUGCCAGUGCAAGUUCGAAUACUCAGCGGACGUCGAGCGACAACGAUGCGUUAAAACCACUAGCAAGAGCUCUUCCGAUCGACCAAGUGCACUGAAGGUAAUCACAUUAAUGUUGACGAGCGCAGCGAUUCUGAUUACGGGGUCGGCUUUACGAGAUGCUUACUACCGGUAGACUACGUCCAUCGGACAUUGUGUACAUCAAUACAACCGAAGCUAAUCAAAAUAUUGAUGGCGCGGACAGUGAUAAGAAAGAGCUGCUCAGUAUUAUGCUGUGCAAAGACAUCGAGUAAUUUUGCAUACGGGGUAAAAUCAUCGGACGGUAUCGACUUAUGGAGAGCAAUUCACAAAUUACUCUACAUAGUAGAGUGAUCAUAUUCCGUGAGUUAUAAGAAACCGCGCCUUAACAUUUUGUUCUGCUUUACAAGAUGCAAGGAAAAACGUAACUUAUUUCUACUGGGUAUCGCAAACAUCGCCACAAAUAAAAAUAAUGGUCAGAAAUCAUUUCAUUCUUUUAGAAAUUCUUAGAAAAUAUAGAAAAGCAGUAAUAAGAAUAAAACAUUUUUUCGCGGGGAAGUUUUGGUCGACUAACACAAUUUUAUUUGUCGUCGCAAUCUUCAUAAUUAAAUAGAAAUUUUUCAAAUAGACUUAUCUGAUUUUGUAAAAAAAAUCGAACUUCAUUAAAUCAGAGAGGUCAGUUUGGUUUUUCUAUUGAGGUGUUGGCAUCAUUAAUUGUGAAUUUAUAAUAUUGUGGCCAUUUUGUAAACAAUAAUAAACAAAACAAAUAGAUAGAGUUCACUAGAGAUUAUAGCAUACUAACUUCUAAUCGUCAUAUCUUAUUUGAUCCAGAUUAUUGAAAUAUACAUUAUGAUUGUUUAAACUCCUCCCAUAACUGCAUUGUAGAUUACCUAAACAGUUCAUGUAUAGAUGACGAAAAUUUAGAAUGAAGAAAUACCGUUCGAACGACAUAUCAAUAUUCAAAGUGGUAGUGAACCAAUAUUAGAACUACGUUAGAAGCUUUCUUAUUGUUAAUCUUUUUUCGUCCCCCUCCUAGUUAGCUGUAGAUGGUUAAUACACAAUGAACUAAUGUAAGUAAGGAUUCAUCGAAAAGUUCUAAUCAAAGAUUUAAUCUGUAUAAUGAUAUUAUUAAUAAGUGAGAGCAAAAGCGAUAUUGUAGAAACAUUUAUAAAUAAGAAGCAAUAAUGAGUUGUUAAUACAAACGAAUAAAUUUAUACGGCUGUUACUUACGAGAAGUUAUUUCACUUGAAUAAAGUCCCAUUAUUAGCACAUCGUUGAUUCCUUUUGCCUUAUCGCCCUGUUGAUUGGGAAUAGCGAAGCUUUCGUCGGGGAAGACACACGGAUGUGAAAGUGUUCUUCACUAGUCCAGUCGUAAUUUGAGUAAGAAACGGACCGGGUCAUUUUGCUGAAACUAAACAUUGAAAAAUGGAACAACGUUUUAUUAGAAGUGCAUUAUUUACUGUCGUGUUCGUGAUGCUGUUUGGUACUGGCUCGCCUCUUCUGGUUACCAUCAGCGGUAAAGGAAAGUCGAAUGCGAAACUACCGUUCCAAACAGUACUACCUUGUGCCACGGAUGCCGAUUGUAACUCGCUGCAGAACACAACCUGCAUCGAUAUAGAAUCAAGUUCAACCAAAACAUGCCGCUGUGAGGAUAUGGAAUUCCCUAACUUGGGGCACUGUUGGUUAUUAAAUAAAGAUCUCAACAGUCUAUGUUCCGGUGCACAGGAUUGCUAUACCCAUGGCAACGAUCGCGAUAGCGUUGACUGCAUAGAAUCAAAAUGUAAAUGUCAACUGGGCUACUUUGUCGAUGAGGAGAGUUCGUCUUGUCAAGAGAUCGAAUAUCCUGGUGAAUCUGGCUCACUAGAAAUAGCGAAUUUGUGCCUUCUGUUAUUCACGUGUUGUCUGGCCGCGUUUUCUUUGUAUAAAUUGGUGUGCUUGAUUAAAUUCUCCAAGAAAUUAACUCAGGGGAAACCUUUUGUUCUUUGAGUUUCGUACAUCUAAGAUUUUUUUUUAGAAUGCAGCUAAUUUAAUGACUGAUUAUUUAAACUAAUUGUUGAACGCAUUUGACAAUAAAAAUUAACAACACAGUGUGAAAA